AUGAUCGAGUUGCUCAACGCCCGGCGAAUGAUCAUCGUCAUUGGCGUCCUCAUCGCCCUCUGCAUCAUCAUCGUCAUCCUCGAGGACACCAUCACUGACCACGUUGAUAAGCCGACGCCCUAUUUGGAGCACCACCGCAAACAACAGCAGCAACAACAGGAAAAACAACAGAAUAAGAAGAAUAACAACUCUCCAGUCAUUAAACUUCCUCCCUCAUCUGAUGAUCAUCUCAACAAUCAGUCUGAUCUUCAUGCCAGUAUUAGCAGCGGCAUUUUCGGAGAGGAGUGCUGGCAGCGUGAGGCGUUCACCAUCAAGAUGCGAUGCACUCCCUGUAAGGCCAAAGAGCGGCAUCUGCCCGCCUGCCUCGACACCGGCUACCAUGAGCACCUUCACUGUGCCCAAUCGGGUGUUGAUGUAUUUCGCAGCUGUGAUACUGUCACUUCAUUCUUCUGGGUUUUCCAGUUCUUCAUGAUCUGCCUUAGCGUCGUCUUUAACUUUUACGUCAAGCGACGUCAGAGCUACCUGAAUCGGGUGGUGCUUGAUCGCAUCGAGAAGCAGAUCGCCUCCGGUGUUUGA